UUCCUUACCUUCGUCGUUAUGGAGGGUCGGAAUACUGGAGUGACAGACAAGUCAGAACCCCUCGCAUACAGCCUACCGAGAUGCGACUGCUUACUGGCAUCUGGCAGCUGCCUGCUGACAUACAGCCUACCGAGACGCGACUCACGCGACUGCUUACUGGCAUGUGGCAGCGGCCUGCUGGCAUGCGAUCGUUAACUGAUAAGACGUUGGGGAAACCUUACGAACUAGGAUUCCAGCCAUUGCGCCAGGACGCACUGCGUUCUGACGCAGGACCCCCGGCAGAUCUCCCAAGUAUAACGAUAUCGCCUGCCAUAGUUCUUCCCCAUAUAUCACAGACACUCUCUUCUACAGUAGGUUCACGGCUACCCCAGUUACCCCCUGACUUCAACGGGCUCCUUCCCUCCUCUUUCCAUACGCAUACAGUCUCCUCUGCUCGUCAUGAUGAGCUUCACGAUCUGCCCCCUGAAGCGAUGCUUCAAAAUCUCACGGGAUAUAUCACAAAGGACGAAGAAUAUCCUGUUGCUCGUGGCGGGUUCGGGGAGAUCUGGAAAUGCACCUUCUACACCAAUCAUAGACCAAUCAAAGUCGCAGUGAAAGCAUUGCAAGUGUACACCGCCGAUCAACUUGGCGCAGCAAAGACAAAAAAGAACAAGAGGAUAAUACGCGAACUCAGAAUAUGCGCCAACCUCAAGCAUCCAAAUAUUCUACGUGUUUAUGGUUAUACGUAUGGCUUCGGCCCAUUUAUAGCGAUAGUCAGCCCUUGGGCGAGGAAUGGUAACCUGACGGACUAUUUGGGGCUCGAGGGUGUGGCUCUUACUCUCGUUAGAAGAUUCCAGAUCCUCAUGGAUAUUAUAGCUGGUCUGCAAUAUCUUCACACAAACAGUGUCAUCCAUGGUGACUUCACUGGGCCUAACGUGCUGAUCCUUGAUGAUGGCACUGCAUGUGUUGCCGACUUCGGUCUUUCCUUGAUGUAUUCCGAGGUCAUAAGCGCCUCUCAGGCUUCCUGGACGUCCACGCUCAAAGGAAACACGCGCUGGAUGGCCCCUGAGCUACUUGUACCAGAGAAGGAGGAUGGAUCUCAAGUCCGGCCAAGCGAGCAGAGCGACAUGUAUUCAUUCGGCGGGAUCAUGCUGCAGGUUCUGACCAACAAAGCACCUUAUCAUCACCUCACGAAUGAUGCCGCCAUCAUACUCUGCAUAGUCAGGUCGCAAACGCCUCCUCGAUCUCGUUACCUUGAGCUCCCUGAAAAAUACUGGCAGUUGAUCGAGCAAUGUUGGUCUACUGAUCCUCAGGACCGCCCAUCGGCGGAGGGAGCUGAUGUGAUGAUCAGGAAUGAAUUUUACUCGCUGUCGAGAUCUGGUUGAUUCUUGAACUGUUUUCUGUAUAACAACUCGUUUACAGUAUAACUAGACGGACAGCAUGAGGGGAUGGUAUACCUCAACUACA